AUGUUUUCUGGAGGCUGGAGUCGUGGAGCUCUAAACGAGGACUCUUCAAAGGCACUAGAAAAGAGUAAUUUGCAUUCUCAACCACGAAAUGCACCAAACCAGCCACAGUACAAAUGGAUGACGGGAACGCUUCGAAAAAGUAUUGGAUUGCCAUCUGUGUUGGACGAUGAAUCUGAACCAACUGUACCGGGUAAAUCUACAGCAGGGCAACGAACAUCUGACGACAUAAGGCUGCCGAGUAUGCCCUUCCAUUAUCAUGUCCUGGUCACUGGGAUAAUAGCUGCCAUUUGUAUGUUUGCCGCAGUGCAAUUAUCCGUAGCUCUCAAAGUGGACAAUGUCUAUCCAUUUUGGGCCCCGACUGGAGUAUGGAUUGGUGCGCUCUUUCUCAGAACCGUCUUGCCACUUGUAUGGUAUAAAACCACCAUCUCUAUCGCAUUUGCUAUUGGGCUCUUUCUAGGAUUGAUUGUCUACAUGCCAGUGGUCUAUUCCGUCUAUUACAUGCUAGUAAACGCCGCUGAAUGCUUAUUCAUAUGGGGCGCAACUCGGGCCGUACGAAGGAGCGCUCAAUUUGAUUCUGGGAAUGGUAGACAUGUUUUAACCCUGACCAUAUUUGCCAUUAUUGGAGCCGUCGCUUCAGCCUUCCCUGUUUCCGCCAUACUCAAUACCGUGUAUGGAGGUGCCCCCUCUGAUCUAUACAGUACUCGAUUCGUCGUUUACAUUGGCUCUGAACUGUCGGGGAUUGCCCUGUUUGGUUUCAUGACAGUCGAGUGGCCCCGAUUGGUCACAAGUAUUUGGAACAAGGUUCGCAGCCCGAUGUUCCUCCUCCCAUUCUUACUUCACUGUCUGGUCUUGGUCGGUGUCGUUGUCGUGUUGUCGGUCUUAAACACUCCCUAUGGAGCUUUCGUUGGAGCAUAUAUCACGAUCCCUCUCGUACUGAGCCUCUCAAGUAGAUUUGGAUUGGCUGGCGGGUCGCUCGCCGCCUUUCUGUAUUGUGUGGUGUGUGCCGCCCCUAUGAGACGUACACCUGCCUUACAAACGUUCAAUUUCGACGUAACGUUUGUAAUGGUCAACCUCCAGUAUCUGUUGAUAUCGUUGGUGUGUAUGGCAACACUGCAAUGGUACUUUGCCACACAGUCUGAGAACGUAUUGCAAUCAACCGAAGCCAUUGUAGAAAAGAGAACAAGACAGCUUCGUUUGAUGCUUGAUGAAUAUAUGGCUGCUAAGCAGAAAGUUAGUGAGUCAUUGGAGGAGAAGUCUCGCUUCAUUGGAUUUCUUUGUCAUGAGCUGAGAAAUCCACUUCAUGUGAUUGUAAACUCGGUCGACUUUUUGUCAGAGCACCACAAACUGGGUCCGGCAUUGCUUGAACGAGACACUGCGUUAACUGCAAUAGGGGUAUCAUCCGACUACCUGCUAACUCUAACCAACGACACAUUGGAAAUGAAUGCUUUCGAAGCAGGAAAAGUAAAUUUGUGUUUGACUCCGGUGGAUAUCAAAUCUAUACUAUCAGAUAUCUUUGCAGCUGCACAGAAUCUGGUCUCCAAAGAUCGAAUUCGAUUGGAAGUUAAAGUCGUAUCAGACAACAUGCCGUCUUCCGUUACUGUAGAUACUAUGAGAUUUAUUCAAGUCUUGAACAAUCUUUUAGCAAACGCUUAUAGAUCCACACCCGAGAAUGGCAAAAUAUAUGUUCACGCUUCCGUUGUGCCCAAUGAAAAUGUUCCUGAAAACGCUCCAACUGAUAUCGACUGGGCUGCUCUAAGCCCAGAUGAAACUAUACCGUGGCUCCAAGUUUCAAUACGCGAUGAUGGUGCUGGAUUUGAUCCUGAACUCAUCGAUCACAUUUUCAAACCGUAUGCUAUCGCUGUUAUCAACUCACUACGAGAGUAUGGUGGCUCUGGCCUCGGUCUAGCGAUAACGGAUCACAUUAUACGGCUGAUGGGUGGACGGAUAUGGGUGACGUGCAAACCAGGAGAAGGGUCAUUACUCACUUUCCGUAUUCCUCUCAGAUCAUAUGUGCCAUCAAUCCCUAAUCUGAGUGUAAAGGAUCCCGCGACUAUUCAAGAUCGUCAAACAGCAGCAAGUGCCAAAAUCACCUUGCAAAUACAACGACAACUAUCCCAUCUCCACAUGGAUAAGUCUUUCCAAGGCUUGUAUAACGAUGAUGGAGCAAGCAGAUGCCAGAGCUCGGCGCCGAACAAAGUGCUUCUUCUCUCAGAGAAACCGCUGAACCGUCUACAAGAGGAGGUAGAAGUAGGCCCUGGGUCUCCGACCAUCGCCGUGUUUAAUGAAAAUGAUAAAGAGGUUGUGGCUUCGUCAAAUCUCAGAGCAGAGCAUAUUCAGAGCAACCUCCUGUCAGGGCAGAGUACUUCUUCACCUCUCAAACCAGACCCUAUACAGCCCAACAGUGUAUCGAUUCAGAGUGCUUCUCAAGCUAUCUCCGCUGAUACUUCACAAAGACUGGCGACUGGUGAACUCGAUACACGGCAUAGCAGUACCGUUAGUAUCGCUCCCUCGUCAUCCAUCGAAUCGGCGCCAAUGGCGAUAUUGAUUGUUGAUGAUUCAAGUAUCAACCGGGCCAUCCUGAAUCGAAUGCUGAAAAAACUUACAUGGCUAGAAGUACAUGAAGCCCAAGAUGGGCAAGAGGCACUAGACAAGUUUGACAAGUUCGGAGGCCGAUUUGGUAUCAUAUUUAUGGACAUUAUGAUGCCACGUUUAGAUGGGCAAGCCGCAACUCAACAAUUAAGAAGCUUUGGAGUAGAUAUUCCCAUAAUUGCUACUACAGCUUCAGUCAUGCCGGGAGAGAAUGUAGAAACUUUCGAAAUCUACAAGGACGCCGGUGUUACAGAGACUCUACCGAAACCAUUCCAUCGUGACCAAAUCACCGAAUUAUUGACAAAAUACAAUAUUCCGUUGGCCGGAGAGCCCAUACCUCUAGUUCGGUUACGAAAACUUUCAGCUCCAAGCAGUCCACCAUUCACUCCGGACACAUUGACAGUGGCCAAGGGCACAUUGUCACGUAAGACCACUUCGAGUUUACCUCGCAAUGUUGGGUCAACUUUACCACGGGCCGCUACAAAUAGUCUGCCGCGACCAACGACUCCAGUAGUCCUAUCCACACGGACCUCGAUGUCGAAUGAUUCUGAGUUAAAGUCUAACCCAUCACAAGUUGAAUCAGUGCCGUCACAGUUUGAUUCCAAAAGCAGACGCGGAGCAAAGCCUCAAGGAAUGACUGCUGAAUCAUUAAAGAGACCGAAUUCAACUACAACGUCACUUGGUAUAACUGGCACGUCUGCGGUUGCUAACCCUGAAAGUGAGGUACCUCUGCAGCCCUUAAAACCACUGAAGCCACUCAAAUUGCUAGUGGUUGACGACUCGGCAAUCCAACGACGGGUGAUGGUUCGAAUUUUGCAGAGGUUCCCCGGAAUAGCGACUAUAAGUGAAGCAUUUGAUGGUGCUGAUGCGCUGAGACUUGCAACAAUUACAGCCUAUGAUCUGAUUCUGAUGGAGCUGGAUAUGCCAGGAAUGAGUGGCCUUGAAACAGCUGCUCGCAUGAGUCAUCAAGAAGUCAUUUGCCCUAUUGUGGGUGUAACUGGAGAUGCCCUGAAAGCAGAUCAAUUUGGAAACUUGGAACAAGCUGGUAUUAAAAAGUCGCUGGUCAAGCCAGUUUCGAGAAAAGAUAUCAAGGCUUUGUUGCAGUUUUUCAAUCUAUUGGCUGCUGCAGAGGCGGCGCCGGUCGACGCCUCUACGAAAACAGUCCUUCCAGAGAACCUUAAUGGAAGUGGCCCAGGUCCCAUAAAUAGUCCCAACAUGUCGCAAAAUGCCAACUUGCCUGCCGGUGGAAUGGACAUUUCAGAUUCAGAUGCAACAGACACGAUCCGCAAUCGAUACUCUAGUGCCUUCUCAAACGAAGACCAGGAGGUCGUUCGCGCAACCAGGUUUUCUACAACUGCGAGAACCAAGUCGGUGGUUACUGAAUACAGUCAUCCUACUACGUCUGCCAAUGGUAACGCUGAAAAAGUUGCUGCUGCCCCACCUCCUGAAAUGCAGGCACGCAGAACCAUGUCCAGAGCUAGUAGUGCCGCCAGGGCCGACAACGUCAAGAGCAUGUCGAGAGAUGGUCCCAUCCCUGUUUUGGUGGCUGAUCGCUCAUCCAUCUACUUGAAGCUUGCCUCGAAUAUUUUCAAGUCCGUAAACCCUCGAAUCAAGUUUCUGGAGGCUUCCAAUGGCAAUGAUCUGCUAAACAUCUUUUCAAGCACGUCCGUGGCUGGGAUAUUCAUGGAUGUGGAAUUACCUGGCAUGAAUGGUGUCGAAGUUGCCAGCCGUAUCAGAGCUUCUGAUUCCAUUACACCGAUAAUCCUUGUAACCUCUCGAGAAAUCGAUGAUGCAUUGUUUGCGCUCUGCCAGCAUGUCGGAAUCAAUCAUGUCAUCCGUAAACCCAUCAGCAAGAUUGUGAUUGCUCAAGCCUUUGAACGAUUUAGAUUUGAUACUUGGAUCCCAUACGAUUCCAAAGUGCAGGAAAUCAGAACUGAAGCUGAAUUAGCGCUCAAAGAACCCAGCGGGAGUGUGAGCUCGUCGGAAGAAAACCAUGCUGCAAGUCCGAUUGGUAUUGGAGCGAGACCCCGAUCUGCCACAUUAUUGAGAAACUUGGAGUCAGCAGCAGAGAAUGUUGAGGCCAACAAGAGAAUGUCUGUUGCUAGUGUUGCCAGUAACUCCUCAGAUUCAGAACCGAAAUUCGUAGGUGCCACUCAGCCAUCUGUUACCAUCCUUCUCAUUGACGAAAACGAGACACCACGAGCCACAUAUGUACGGAUUAUUCGCACCAACUUUAGCCAAAUUGCAGUUGAUGAAGCUGUAAAUGUCACUGCAGCUAUAAGCUUGCUUGCACCUGGAAAGUACCCUUUAGUCCUACUAGACAUGACGGACGUUCCGUCUGCCACGCAAAAGGUACAAACCAUUCGAGAAUCAGGUUACUUUGGUCCUCUGGUUGGACUGAUAUCGGCUCUAGCUAGUGUAGCAGAGUUUGUGUCAUCAUUACAACCAUUAGGUGUCUUUGACUUUAUGGUCAAGCCGCCAUUAAAAUCUACCCUUACAGCAACGUUUGCCAAAUAUAAACUCACGGGCGAAGCAGACACAGUGAAGAAAUCAGCAUCUAUGAGUCGUGAGGACACGUUAGCAAUGUUAUUGUCAUCACAAGAUCACCAUGCCUCUGUUAAUAGAAGGUCGACUUCACGAGCAAGUCGACCACAGACAUUCCAUGAGAUGAGCAGUUUAUCUUCUGGUCCCUCCCCUGCAAUCUUCCAACAACAGCUCCUACAAUCAUUGCAAAUGCAUACCGGAGCACAAUCAGCAUCGUCAUCCCCAAUACCGCCAUUCAAUCCUAAAUCAUUCCGAUUUGAGAAUGAUGACAAGGCUGAAACGUCAUUGAGUAAUUCGCUACGUCGAACAGGUGCCAAACCUCAACCACCCGUCGUAACGCAGCUUGCAGCUCUCCUUGAUGGAGGAUCUACUGACGAAUCAACUCGAGAACCCUCCAUGAAAGAAGACUCGAGUAGCAACACGAUCAGCUCUAUGGACUCGAUAGACCAACGGUUACGUGCUGAUGUCAUGAAUGGUGGAUCGUCAUUAAACCCUGCUCGUGCCAUUGUGGAGGCCCGAGAAAGACAGGAUACAUCUCAUUCUAAUGAGUCCGCUUUACUGGGACUUUCACAUCAUCGACCAAAGGCAUUGGUGGUUGAUGACUCUGGAAUUAAUCGUGCUGUGUUUGUGAGAAUGUUGAACUCGGUGCCUGGUAUGGAGAUACAUGAGGCUAUUAAUGGUGAAGAGGCUGUUGAGAGAUGUCGACAUAACGUUUAUGAGAUCAUAUUUAUGGAUCUUGAAAUGCCUGUCAUGGAUGGCUUCGAAGCAGCUACAAGAAUGCGAGCUAUGAACGUGACAUGCCCCAUCAUUGCCGUCACUGGAAACUUGGUUUCUGGAGAAUCUGCGGGCCAACUCAAGGCAGCUGGAUUUAACGAAGCUGGUCUUACCAAGCCCGUAAUACGAAAGAAGAUUACAGACAUGUUGGUCAAAUAUAAAAUUGCAAUAGUUGGUGCUCGUGGAACAGUGUUUUUGAAUCGUGCUCAGCAUUCAACGACACCCAGAGUUUCUUUGCUUUCAUAA